GAGGGUGAGCAAAGUCAUUGUGCGUACCAAUUUGGCCCAUAAAAAUGGUAAGCGGGAAAGAAGAAAAACCCUCAAAAACGAAGAAGAAGGCCUCAUUCAAAAACCCUAAAAUCGAUAACAACUUCAAGAAGAAAAAGAAGCAGCCGCCUACUCUCAAGGCCGAGAAGAAAAAGAACAAGAAGAAAAAGGUUCACCAAAUCAAGAACAACGAUAACAAUGAAAUCAUCAACAACAACAACAACAACGAGCUAACACCAACUUCAGUGUCACAGGAGCUGAGUUUCUUUGUAAAUGAGUUUGAAUCUGCCAAUGAUCUUCAGCUCUCAUCUCUCGAGCUUGAAUCAAUUAAAGAGACAAGCUUUGUUGAGUUACCUCAAGAUGUUAAGUCACUGGGGAAACAAAUACAGGCUGCUUUUGGGCCCUCAUGGAAAGAAGUGUUAUGUGAAGGGCAGCUUGUAGAAGGGAAGAUUGAAGCAGGGAACCCAUCCGUUCUUAUUAUUAGUACAUCUGCCUUGAGAUGCAUUGAACUUCUAAGGGGUGUGCGCCCAUUGACGAAAGAAUGUCAUGCUGUCAAGCUAUUUUCAAAACAUAUGAAGAUUGAGGAACAGGUAGCCUUGUUGAAGAACCGUGUGAAUUUUGCUAGUGGCACACCAAGCAGGUUGAAGAAGUUGAUCGACAUUGAAGCACUGGGGCUUUCACGGUUAGCAGUUAUUGUGCUUGAUAUUCACACAGACGUUAAGGGCUAUUCACUGUUAACACUUCCACAAGUCAGAGAUGAAUUCUGGGACUUGUAUAAGAACUACUUCCACCAACGACUUUUACAACGUGAUCUCCGUAUCUGUCUCUUUGGUCCAUUACUAAAUGGCAACCAAUUAAGGGGUAAAAGAAAGAGAGUUCCUGAUGAAUAGAUUACAAAUUUUCUGAUAUAGAUUUCCAAUUUUGAGUUUUGCUUUAUGAAUCCAUUGUUGCAAUAUUUGAUAUAUUUCCUAAACUCAUGAAGUGCUAAUUCAGUUCUAUGAGUUCAAAAAAAAGGUUCAGUUCUAUGCUUUUAUUAUUAUUGUUGUUGUUCAAGAGCUGAAACCUCAAAAUUGAUGAUUUGAUUAAUUUAUGGGGCAACUUAAGAUACAAUGUUUAGGAAGUGGGCAUUGGAGAAAUUUAGAGUGCUCAAAGAACAAAACCUUAAAAGUUCAAGAGCAAUUUUGUAAAUUAGACCCCAAUUUUUUAUUAUAAUGAUAUUGGAAUGAUUUUUGCUCUA